UUUUAUAUCGAGACUUUAGAGUUGAUGUCAAAUAAGAAAUGUGAACGCACUCUGCUACACUUUAAAAGCUUAUUUCCAGAAACCACAGAAUAGUAUAAAAGAGCACCUGAAGGCAACACGUGACUCCACUACUACAUCCGGGACAUUGAGCAGUUUCACAUGUCACUUGGUUCAGCUGUCAGACUUUCUGCAUGUGAAGAAGCUCCGGCAGCUACUCUGGUUUUAACAACCUAUUUGGUUCGAGAGGAGAGAUGGCGCUGAUGGGAAUCCAGCUGGUGGUCAGCUUGCUGGCUGCCAGUAUUAUGCAGAGGAUGGCUCCACAUUGCUCAUUUGCACGCUGGCUCCUCUGCAAUGGCAGUUUGUUCCGGUUCAAACACCCGUCAGAAGGAGAGCUGUGUGCCCUGGCCGGAAAGCAGAUGCCAAAACCGACCAGAAGAGACAGGAGACAGAAUGGGGAGAACAAGCCUCUCACUGUGCCCAAAGACAUCGACCUUCACCUAGAGAAAGCUCCAGUCAACACUAUUGACGCUCUUGUGUUGCGUUUUUUCCUGGAGUAUCAGUGGCUGAUAGAUUUUGCAGUCUAUGCAAUGGGUGUCUACCUCUUCACUGAGUGUUACUACAAUGUUGUGGAUGCCAGCAAAGAGCUCAAUCUCGGAGCCAUCUGGUGUGUCUUGACUGUUCUCUUCAGUCUAAAGACCCUUCACACUCUGAUGAGCCACUACUUCCGCUCUGAAGAGGGCGGCGAGCGCUCGGUGUGCCUUGCCUUUGGCUUCCUGUCUCUGCUCGUGGCCAUGCUGGUGCUGGUGGUCAGAGAGGACUACCUGGAGUUCGGCCUGGAAUCUGGUUUUGCUAACCUCUUUGACAACUUGGAAGUCUUUGCCAGGCAGCAGGGCUACGCUGACUGGUCAAUCCCGGUGACUAAGCUGACAGUGAAGCUGGGUCUGGCUGCUGUCUGUGCUUACAUUGGUGCUCUCCUGGCCUUCCCCGGUCUGCGCCUGGCUCAGACUCAUCUUGAUGCUGUACAGAUGAACUCAGACCGCCCACUCAUCCAGAUUCUGCUGCACAUGGGUUUCCUGUCUCCAGUCAUUGUGUUGGUUCUGUGGGUGAAACCCAUGGCAAGGGACUUCCUGGCUAAUGCACCUAUGGGAAAGACCUCUGUCACAAUAGUUUCCAGUGAAACAUUUGACAGCAUGCGUCUGUGGAUUGUCGUGGUGUUGUGCGUGCUGCGGCUAGCACUGACUCGAUACCACCUGCAGGCCUACCUCAACCUGGCUCAGAAGUGGGUGGAGCAGAUGAAGAAGGAGGCGGGACGUAUCGCUGCUAUUGACAUUCAGAGGAAGGUCACUCGCAUCUUCUGCUACCUGACUGUAAUUACUCUCCAGUAUCUGGUUCCUGUUUUGCUCAUCCUCUUCUCCACACUGGCACUCAAGGCACUUGGGGACUUCUCCUGGCAGAGCGGUGCAGAGCAGGCCCCUGGGGUGACACCAGCAUUGGUGAUGCCCACAGCAGCUCCUGUACUGCCCGGUGGUGUGGAUGAAGAUGAAGAGGGGAUGGAGGAUAUGGAGGAGGACGUCCAGGCCACAGUAGCACGUCUCUCAGAGGCUUUCACAGCGCUGCGCUCCGUACUUACUCCAAUUUUCUUCCGAGGUUUCUUUGCCUUCCUGACAUGGUGGGUGGCUGCCUGCCAGGUCAUCAGCUCUCUGUUUGGCAUCUACUUCCACCAGUACCUUAUGCAGAACUAACUGAGGGAUACAGAGUGCCAUACUGUGCUGCCUGCAAUGUAGCCCCAGCCCCCUGCUGUCUGCAGCUAUCCAUUGCAGCAGCAUAAAGUGGGCAUUUCAUUCAAGCAUACAGCUGCAGACAGAAUGCACCUUGGCUGGAAGAGAAGUUUUGAUCGAGGUUUGUUGCGAGGAGACAGGUGAUGGACACUGUCUUUUUCAGAACUGGCAAGCUUUCUGCCCCUAUGGCUCGUUGUGAGCAGCAGGCUAGUUGUACCAGAAACACAAAUGUACAACCCUGAUUCCAAAAAACUUGGGAUGUUCUCUAAAAUGUAAAUAAGUAAUAUGGGAUAAUUUCUUUUUGACUUACAUUCAGUUGAAUACAGUACAAAGACAAAGUUUUUUUACGUUCAAACUUAUCAAAUUUACUUCUUGUAAAUAUGUAAUUCUGAAUUUGAUGCAUUGUGUUUUAUUUACGUUUACACAGUAUCCCAAGUUUUUUGGGAAAAGAGUUGUACAUGUAGUGAGAGAACUAGGGCUCUGUAUCACAAAGCAAGUUCAGCUUUGUCUGCUUGUCUUUGGUCACCAUGGUCCUGUACUACGAAGCAACGUCAACAUACACAGGGCUUCUUUUUGUUCUCUGGCUUCACCAAACGUAACAACAGUCACAGUCACGCAGGGUUUCCCAAUCUGCUCAUGAGCACAUUUACAUAAACAGGUGGUGUUUGGAGCAUAUGACCAAUUGAAAACAUGGACAAAUAUUUAUGUUUUACAAAAUUAAGAGCAAAAUAUAAUAUAAAAUAAAUAUGAACAUGAUCAGUCUCCUAAAAUCAAUACAGCUGACAAGAUGGCUGGCAAAAAAUCCCAGACCGCAUAUAUAUCUAUGUUUCUUGCUUUCCCACCAUCAGGUUGCAGCUUAAAGGAUGAGGCUAAAAUUCAUGGCAUGCACACAUUUAAUUAUAGUCAAUCUUUAGACACUACUCUGAUGUAAUUGUAUGGUUUGUAUGUCAAUUUUAGCCUCAUUCAUUAAGCUGCAACCUGAAGAGGUGAAACCGUGUUCGUUGCAAAAGAUAUAUUUAAAACCAUAAUUAUGGUAAAGUGGUAAUGAGGCUUACUUUCAUGUCUUAGAAAAAGUUCUCAGUCUAUCAGUCUAUAACCACAAAAAAAUUAGGGAAGUAAAACGAUAUUCAGUAUAUUUGCACAAGAAGAAUAGAAUAUUUAAAAAUGGAGGAAUAUUAAUAAUAAUAAGGAAUAAUCUAAUUUUCAAGUUUACCAGGGAGGGCUAUAAAUACAUGUAAGAGUUAGGCCAGGGGUAGGAAACCACAUGUGGCUCUUCAGGCCGUCUGCAGCGGCUCUGAAAAAUUUAUACAAAAUGAAAUGUUUAAUUCUUAAAGUUUAAUGUAUCAUUGGUGUAGGCCCAAAGCAAUUUGUUUUCUUCAAUUGUAAACAUGUUUAGAUUAUAUACGGCAGUAAAAAUGUUUAAAACGUAUUAGUCAACCCAAAUGUGUAUCAUAGCUUAUGAAAGUCUACAAGCCGGUGCCAUAACCUCAAUAUUUU